UUGUGGUACUGAGUUUGGAACUCAGGACUUCAUACUUGCUAGGCAGAUGUUCUACCAUUGAGCCAUAUUUCCAGCCUUUCCUUGCACUGAUUAGUUUUGAGAAGAUUUCUGGAUGACAGAUCAUUCAACAUUCCUUUUCUUGAGUCUUCUACUCUGCUGUUACCUUCUGCUCAUUUCUGUUUCAUUUUGGGAUUCACUAAUAAGGAAGGACUUGAAGUGGACUAGAACCCUCUUGAUACAGUGCAACUGUGACUUAGCAUCUGUACGGUGCACAGCAUCAUUGACAAAGAAAGCCAUCUUUCAAAUCUGUUUACUCAACCUCAGCUAUAUUUGCAUAAGAACUUUGCCAAAUGAUGUUCUUCCAAAUAUGAAAAAGAGAUAGGUAAAGAGUAGCUUCCAACUCAUUCUUUAACAACACUGAAGUACAAGGAAUUGCAUCAGUGUGUGCCUGUGCAUUGAUUAGUCACACCACCAAAUUUCUGAACAACAUUGUUAACGCAGAAAUGUUAAAAGGCUAUGGAAAUACUUCAGUGGCCAUUCUUCUAGGCAUUUCCCUUGUUGUGUUUUUGGUGUUCUGUGGAAUUGGUUGUGUUUGGCACUGGAAACACCAUAAGGCUACACGAUUUACCUUACCGAAGUUUUUACAAAGAAGAUCUAGCAGAAGAAAAGCCUAUAUGAAAAAUCUCUACUUGGGUACCCACAUUAUUGGCUUAAGGUCAAAAACCUCAGUUGAAACCCAAGACCACAAAUCUACUGUCAAGGAAACCAAAAUGCAUAGCAACUAUGAAAAUAUGGAAGCAGGUCUUCCCAAAGCUAAAGAAGAAACUGAGAAGGGACUUUAUGAAAACACAUGCCCAUCCAAUGUCACAGAGCCUAUCUACAAAAAUGAGAUGUCUCCCUAUUAUAAUUUCAAGAAGCUUCAGACUUCUCAAGUGCCUCCAGAUGAAGACAUAUACAUUCUUCCAGAUUCAUACUAGCUUCUCCAAAUACUGAGAUUCGUUCAGGAAAAAUAUUCUCUGGGACUUUUACUGUACUAAUGUCAUUAUUGGCCAAGUUCCUCUAGUGAGUUCAAUGGUCUCACCUCUCUUCACUCCUUGGAAUGCUCUCUGAGCAGAAUUGUAGGUGAAUUCUCUGUUUGGGCUUUAAUCUAUACUAUGUAUGUUCAUUCUUCCUUCUAAUAAUGCCUGUUGUGUGUGUCUGUUAUUUCUACUUCAACCAGCUUUUUCCGGUUCAGAAUUGUUACAUUAUCUUAGCAGGUCUUAUUUAAUCAAUUGUUCAUGAAGCCACCAGAUUUUUCUUCAAAAAUUAUUCCCAAUAGCUCCAUCACUCCUUUGUGGAAAACUUUAAAAACAUUCUUUUGACAUAAUUCUUACAAUUCUAUUCAGAAUUCAUGGUGUGUGUGUUGGGGGUUUACGCGUACUGGAGCUUGAAUUCACGGUCUCUCAUUCUUACUUAACUGUUUUGAUUCAACGCUGGUAUUCUACCACUUGAGUCACCCUUCCACUAAUUCAUGGCUUUUUAUGUUUGGUUCUAACUUCCUUACCAGAGACUUCUAAUCCCUCACCUCUCAGCUUUCACUAGUAUCUUAGGACAUGUUCAACUUAUCUCCUUUAUGGCUCUGCUAUCUCUCAAGUCUGUCUCAAAUGAUAACAAGUCUUCUGAAUCAUUGUAAAUUUGCGUUUACCAUUUUAUUUCUGAUGUCCUAUAAGUCCUUCUGCUUAUCUAAUUGCUCUGCUAUUUUAAACAUUGUUUAAAACAUUGUUUUGAAUUUUAUUACUUAAUGUUAGGCAAUCAAUAAUAUCAUAAAAUUUCAACUUAAUAUAAAGAGAAUGCAAUCUAUUCAUACUUUUAGCCAUAAAGACAUUAUGUGAGGUUGUAAAUAUAUUUUAAUUGACAAGAAUUACACUUUGUUAAGUACUUUUAGGGAAAAUGUAAUAAAUUUUGUCCAUUGUUAAUCUAA